CAUAGCAAAUCCUCUUCCAAAUAUCGAUUCUCUAAAACAAUUUGAAAUAUAAAAUAAUAUAGGGAAUUUCUCCAAUACUUAAACAGAAAAAAAUAAAAAAUUAUUAAAACAUGCCUUAGAUUUCUCUCUUCAACAAACCCUCGAUCUAGGUUAUUCGAUCUGGGAAACAACGAAGGGAAGAAAACCUUUUGGCGGUGGUUGGUGGCUUCGAUUGGGUUGUUUACCAUAGUUAUUCGACGGUGGUUGUUGCUGUGGACGUGGUGUUUGGUUUCGUGAAGGAAUAAUUAGAUCAGAGCCAGAGUUACAUCAAAGAGAAGCAGAAGCAGUAAUCAUGCCAAAGAACAAGGGAAAGGGAGGAAAGAACAGGAAGAGAGGUAAGAACGAGGCUGACGACGAAAAGCGUGAGCUUGUCUUCAAGGAAGAUGGACAGGAGUAUGCCCAAGUGCUUCGCAUGCUGGGUAAUGGUCGGUGCGAAGCCAUGUGCAUUGAUGGGCCCAAGCGACUUUGCCAUAUCCGUGGUAAGAUGCACAAGAAGGUUUGGAUUGCAGCUGGGGAUAUCAUUCUUGUUGGCCUUCGUGACUAUCAGGAUGACAAGGCUGAUGUCAUUCUCAAGUACAUGCCUGAUGAGGCUAGGCUGCUCAAGGCUUAUGGAGAGCUGACAGAAAAUGUACGUCUUAGCGAGGGUGUUGGUUUUGGUCUUGAAGAUGGCAAUGAAGGUGCUGCUGAUGACUACCUCGAGUUUGAGGAUGAAGAUAUUGAUAAGAUUUAAGGUUGGUAGACCGACUCUUUUUCAGUGUUACCUAUGUUAGCUUUGCAGACGGUUCAAUCGCAUACACUGUUGGAAUAAGGUAUACAUUGCUUCCUUGUGUGGUUAGCAUGAACAAUUGAAUGCCCUACAUAGGGUUGUGGUUUAAUAAUAUACAGUAUAUCGAUCUUUGUUC